CGUUUGACUAUAGUGUCGUUUCGACGUUUAAGUGAAUCGCACGUGGCGUGCUAGUGCAGUAUUGGUUUAGCGAGAUCGAUGGAUUAACUUUUUAAUAAAAAAAAAUCAAAUAUAAAAAUCAAAAUGGGACACGGCGAGAAAAAAGGCACUAUAAUUCUGGACAAUUUUAAUUCGACUCAGCAAGAAGAGUACCACGUUUUAUUGCGAACGUCAACCAAGAAGCAACACUCAAAUAUAUACUGUUAUGUUUUAUCAUCGAAGCAAUACGUGAUACGUCACAGUCUUAUAGACUUGGAAAUGUUCUUGAGUAGUUUCGAUCGUUCCAACCUCACAUCCAACCCUGGUUUCCAGUCGACGUUAACUUUGGGAUCAAAAGAUGCUAUUAACGAAAAGGCUUAUAAUCCCUUUGAGCACAGAAAAGUCGAACAUCCCAAUUCGACAAUUGGUUCCCUGGCUCAUCUUUUGAAAUCCUCACUCGGCUCGGGGAUCUUGGCUAUGCCAGCUGCCUUCAGGAAUGCUGGAUUGGCUGGUGGGGCCUUUGGAACGAUUGUCGUUGGAUUUAUUUGCACGCAUUGUGUAUAUGUACUCGUGAAAACAUCACAAGAAGUAUGUGUAGAAGCAAAGAAGCCUUCGAUGGGCUUUGCGGAGACCUGCGGUGCAGCCUUCGAGUUUGGCCCUAAACGAUUAAGACCGUGGGCGAAUUUUGUUCGAAUCUUUAUAGAUUGGGCUUUGACCUGUACAUAUUUAGCCGCACUCAGUGUUUAUAUUGUAUUUAUCGCAGAGAAUUUUAAAGAGGUUCUCGACGCGUACGUACCGGAGUACAAGUUAUCUGUGGAAACCUACUGCGCUCUUACUCUAUUACCUUUGGUGAUUAUCUGUCAAAUUCGAAAUUUAAAGUGGCUGGUGCCUUUCUCUGCUAUCGCCAACGUUUUUCUCGUCAUAUGUUUUGCGAUAACUAUGUACUAUAUAUUUACCGAUUUACCUAACCCCGUGGAAAGGGAAAUGAUUGCUAGUGUUUCUCAAUGGCCUUUGUUUAUAAGUACAGUGAUCUUCGCGAUGGAAGGCAUUGGUGUCGUGAUGCCAGUUGAAAAUGAGAUGGCUAAACCAGAACAAUUCCUGGGAUGUCCCGGAGUCCUCAAUGUGGCUAUGACAGUUGUAAUCGGCUUGUAUGGUAUUGUCGGAUUCUUUGGAUACAUGAAGUUCGGUGAUGAAGUGAGAGGAAGUGUCACUUUGAAUUUACCUCAGGAUGAAAUGCUCGCACAAAGUGCGAAAAUUCUAAUGGCGUUAGCCAUUCUGUUCACAUACAGCUUGCAGUUCUACGUACCUAUGGAAAUGAUUUGGCGGCAACUCCAUCAUAAAAUUGCUGUCAAAUUCCAUAACAUCACACAGAUUAGCAUACGCACUGCUUGCGUCAUUGGAUCAGUCGCUCUCGCCGCAGCAUUCCCAGAUCUAGAAUUAUUCAUCAACCUAUGUGGAGCCAUCUUCCUCUCAACACUUGGUCUUUUAACACCAGCUAUCGUAGACAGUGUUCAUAAAUGGGAGCGUGGACUUGGCAUCUUCAAAUGGAUUCUUAUAAAGAAUAUUGGCAUAGCUUUACUUUCACUGGUGGCAUUAUUCGCAGGGUCAUACUCUUCUAUACAUGCUAUGGUGGAAAAGUUUAGUACUGUAGAAGUGAUGAACGUAACAAUUAGUUUUAAUGAUACUUUGACAGUAUGAGGUGCAUUUUUUUUUUUUAAAGGAGUAAUUGUCGUAUGUAAUAAUUUGAAUUUUAUCAUACAGCAGCCGUACAGAGUCGUGGAUUAAAUUAUUACUUAUUGUAUCAUAACUUAGAUUUACUAAAUGCCUGUUUACUCAGAACCUGAUUCAAGGAGUGCAGUGAAUGACCUUUGAAAUUUAAAUCUAUUGAAAACCGCUGUACCGUAUUUUUAAACGGUAUAAUAAAAUAAUUUACGACUCUUGUAUGGCUGUAUGUUACAUAAGUAAACGUUAAUAUCAUUAGCUAAUUUAAAAUAUUUCUUUAAGUACAGUACAAAAUAUUUAUAAAUUUUAACAUCAAAAAUAAUUUAUAAUGUUGUCUUAGUACAGAUUGACUGCUUAUUAAAAUGCUAAUUAUUUUAAGAUGUUUACGACGUAGACAUUUGCGUAUAGACAAAAAAUUGGUGCAAAUCCAGAAUCUCGCAACCAUUAUUGCAUUGCAUAAAGUACGUCAAAGACACUUUUUGCUUGACUUAUUUGUAAAUAGAACGAAUUGAUAAAGUUCAUACAGCCUACCGAAUUUCAUGAUUCAUUUUGGGAAUUGUCAACAAUAUAGACAGAAAUGAAAUAAAAUAUUACCUGAAACAGAACUUAAAACCUAAUAUUCAUUAAGCUUGGAUAUAUGAUACGGUGAAACCGAUAUGUUCAUAUGUAAUAAGAUUUAUAUGAAAAUCAUAAAAUGUGAUUUGCCGGAUUUAAAUGCACUUAAAAAUAAUAUAAUUUUGUAACUUAUCCACUGUAAUGUAUUUGUGAUUUUAGUGUAAUUCAGUUGAAAUUUAAACAUUUUCUUUAACUAAUAUUUUGUUAGAAUUCAAAAUUAAAGGUAAAUUUAGUGAGAAUCGACCGCAAUCCAAUCGCAAUAUUUUCCCUUAUUAAAUGUUCUACCGAAUGUAUAAUUUUAUGAAAUGAGUAUACUGCCUUAAUUAUUGAAAUAAAUGAAUAUUCAUUGACGGUAUAGUUAAUAAUACGAUGACAUAUUAAAAAUAAUAUUUACUUAAAUUAAUAAACCGGCUGUGUUAACAAAAAAAUAAUAUAUCUGUUUUGAAAUCUGGCGAACGCCAUAUAAAGAAUUUUAGAACAUAGCUUGAUAUUCAUAUUAUAGUAUUAUUAUAUCAAAUAACUUAUGCAGCAACAGAUGACAACAGAUUUCUACGACACUUGACACUGUUACCAAAAAUCGGCUUUAAAGUAAUAAAAUACGGUGCAAUUUAAUUUGGCACCAUUUCGACAACUGCUGCAUAUUCAACAAAUUUAGACGCUCGCUUAGGCCUGAGGCAUCACUAUAUAUAUAUUUAUGUAAACGCCAAUCACAAUGCACAGGUUAGCUAAACUACAAACUCUAUUCAAACUCAUAAAUUAUUGACAGAUGUUGCUUGACUUGAUUAUAGUUAAUGGCUUCUUGAUUUCUAGUUAAAACAGUUUCACCAGAUUUCAAACCAUGAUCGCCAUUUACUAGUAUUACAAAAUAAUCGUACAGACCGUAAUUAAAACAACAUAUAUUUACAAGUUAAUUUUUGUGACAUAAUCAUUUCAUUUAUAAUCUAUAUUUACCUAGCUAAUUAAUUCUAACCAUCUGGCAUAGCUUAUAACUGUGUAAAUUAAUUAAAUUCUGAACAAUUCAAUUGGAUAAACGAAUAGAAAUGUUUUAUAUA